AUGAACCCGCGAGCCCCCAGCGUCAGUCCAACAGACACUUUCCUAGUGAGCAGGUCUUUUGUAGAUUUGUGCUAUUCCCCUUGUGAUAAUUACCACGCCGAGACACUCGCAUCCAGACACCAUUGGUACUCGCACUCGCUCACUCCCACUCACCGGCAGCAGCAACCCCAGCCAUCGUCCACACUCGUCCGGCAAAUCACCCGCUGGACGACCUACAAGUGCUCAAUACUCGUUGAAAACUCAAAUCUCCAAUCAUUAUGUCACUCGUCACCGUCCUCGGGAGUAUGGGCACAGGCGGACGAAUCCCAGGCAGAGCAAAUGUUUACGGCUUUGGAGGCAUUCCGCCUUCGCUCAAGGAAAAGAAGCUGAAAGAGGCCAAGCUGCAGAACGCCCACGCUAAGGCAGCCGUCAUCGCCGCCGAGCAGACUGCGGACACGAAAAAGAAAGAUGACCAUAAAUGAGACACUGCCGAGGUGAAGAAGUGCUGUUGGUGAGGUUCUUCGUGCCUAGAGCUGCCACCAUGGGUAGAAGAUGAGGAAGGUGAAAGGCUGUACUCGUUUUAUGAUACCUGAAGAAGUGGUCGCCUGAACUAGGGUCCCAUACGCACAAAAGGCCAUCAGGGACUCGGUCAGGGCGGCCUGUUCUCCCAUCGCUCCCUCGUAGAUCCGUAGUGCUGUUUUCGUUUUAUUUUUAUUUUUUCCUUUGUUUCGGUUUGAUUUUGUAUUCUCUCUAUUUUGUUUUCUUAGGGUGGUUUAAUUUCUAGAUUAUUUAUUUUUUCUCAUUCGUUUUUUAGUUUAUCUAUUAUCUGUUUUUGUUUUUGUUUCUUUUUUUUCUUUUUUUUUUAUAUAAGCUGAUUCGUUUGGCUUAUGCUCUUGGGUCGUCUUGGUUGUCCGCGCCAGCUCCGUCUCCCGCGACUGACAGCAAGAGGCAUCCGGCAUCUUGCCCGCUGGCCGCGCCUGGUGCUCGCUCGAACCGCCCAUAUUCUGAAAGGGACUGUGAUUUUGAAUCUUUAUUGGCCUUCUUUGUUGUAUUUUGAGAUAAGAAGAGAUUUCUUAUUAUAUGAGAUCAUUCACAACUUAAUUCGUAGUAGGAUCGUUAAUCUUUGAGAAGAAAAAAAAAGUGAAAAUCAACAUAUGUAGAUUUUAAGAUUUUUUUUUUUUUUUUUUUUUUAUGAGGUUAUCGAGAUCUAGUCACGUCCCCUCUGAAUGUGGGCUAUAAUUCUUGUCCUUUUGUUUUUUGUUAUCUUUUUUUGUUUAGAGUUCUCUCUUACUUUAAACUAUUUAUAUAACUUUUACUCUUUAAUCAAAACAUGCGCGCAAGCAUUACCACCUCUGCUUUGUACAUACGCAGCAUUAAGCAUUUCAAGCGAACCGAUGCUGUAGUACUGUGUGUCUCCGGAUCAGGAAGGCGGGCAUGUCCUCGCCAGCACAAACUCUUCUAAAUUUUCGUAAUUUUUUAUUGCUCAAGAAAGUCAACGACGCCGUUGCUCUCGUACCUAAAUUGCCGAUGGAUAUUUACGGAUAAUUUUGAGUUUCUUUAAUCUGUUUUUACUUUCAAGUAAACCAGAAAAAAAGAAUAAAAGGUGCCUCAAUGUAAAGCCUCCUAGAGUAAGUUCUUUUGAAUUUGAGAUUUUUUUUUUUUUUUUUUUUGAAAAAGUUAGGGUUGUCAACGACCAGUUUUCUCAUGGGACCAGGUAGAUUGACCAUGCAGAAGCUAUCGACAUAUUUUUUCUAAUAUAUGAGGAUAUGCCUAGCGUUCUUGGUUUCAACGAUAAAUUAUACCGUUAUAUCAGGUUUUCAGGUGACAUGUUAUGACAAAAAAAAAGAAAUUAUAAUCGAGAAUGACAUUUCUUUUUUAAUCACGAAUGAAUGAUUGUGUAUAAUGUGAAUGAAAUAUAUGGCAGGCCAAAAAAUUUCACUAUUUUACAUAGCCACAUGUCCAUGUAUAUCUCUACUUAGCAUAUCAUUUGAUAGCGAUGAUGAUGCGGUAUCAACUGCUUUUUUAUAUGUUAUAAGGGAUAAGCGUGUGUAUUGUGCGAGUGAAUGCAAAAGAAACCCAAAAGAAAAUAAUCUUUGUAAAUAUAUCCAAACUAACAUUGCACUUCUGUAUCUACAUCAACUUUUGGUAUUUUCUACGCACUGGGUAUUACAGCUGACACAGAACUCUCUUUCUGUGAUACUGAUGUCACGGAAAUCCAGUGUUGUGAGAAGUUAUCAGCAUUCUGUGAGAGUAAAGUCGACUCUGAAUGACUUGGCAAUGGGCAGUGUCAUUCGCCACUCCUGACACGUGAGAGUGCUGAAAGUGUCAUUGCCCACAGGUGGUUUCCCAAUGUCACUGUCGUAUCACUAUGACAGUGACUGUUGUUAUCCGGAACUAAGAAUAGAGGUUGGCACUGCUGUCAAUCCGUACAUUAAUUUGGGUUUGGACAGUGCCAUUUAGCCUGCACAGUCUUAGUUACGGAUAACACAGUUACAUAAGAGUUUGUUAAAACAGAGUGCCACUUUGCACCAACUACGAGUGAAGAAAAACAGUGCUGUUAUCGAUCUAAAAGGUUACAGUUAGACACCGGUUUGUUAUCUGUAUCUAAUAGAUGGGUAUUGGUAGAUGCUAUCUUCAAGUCCUAUUUACUUCUCGAUGUUCGAAGUUGAUAGGAACCAUAAUCAAUCUGUAAGGUUCUGUGAAUCCAUUAUUCUAAUCCACAAUAUUGUAUGUGUUGAAUUUUCUACCAUGAUGUAAUGCUGUGUUAUGUUAAGUAUCUACGUAGGUGAUAUAAGUUCCCCACAUUUUCGUAUUGUGAACCUAAAACUUCCUUUUGAAAGAAUGCCUUUUGUGCUGUUGAUUUUGAUUAUAUAAGUCUCCUUUUUUUCCUUCCUAUGACGGUUCCAUCUUGUGAAUUAAGAUGCCCGUUCGAAGAAUAACUUUUUGGUACAUAUCAGAAGAAUUCCCUUUAAAUCUACUAUUGAAUUCAGUGAUUAUCCAUUAUUUAUAUGCUUUCGACCAAAGAUUUAAGUAAGAACAAGGUUAUAAAUGUUUGUAAAUAACAUAUUAAUUCCAUUGAGGUAUAAAUGUCGUGUACGAGCAUAAAUGUUUACAACAUUACAUGUAAAACGGAUAAAUUUGUGAAUAGUAAAUUGUGCCUUGAAAUGUUUACGCCAUUAUCUCACUUCUGACAUGAUUACUCUAUCUAGAAACACAUGCUGUGACACUUCUAUUAGCAUGUAGAUAUGAACGAAAAGCAACAAUUUAACUUGUCUGUUUCUCCACGCUGUCUUUCCUUUAAGGGGAGUUCUAACCCUUCUCUCGUCACAUACGUGGUUCAUGAUAAGAAAAUGAAAAUGUUUAUAUACAAAGACAUAUUUCUCAAUAAAUGUCUUCCUAUUAAA